AUGCCAGCCACUGCAUCAAGAAGUCAAGGCAAGGGCGCGAGAGGGGGUGGUGAGUCGGCCACGCGGCGAAGGGCCUACCAGCAGGCAGAGAGCCUCUCUUUCGGGGAUGGCAGCAGUCGCUGGCUUGAUACCAAGUUUUUCAUCCAAGUCGAGCACUGCGGCGGUACGCCGGCCUCUGCCGCGUUCUCUGUGCGCCUGGAAGGGGACUUGUACCAGAAGAAGGCACAAGCACUCAAGCAGGACCUCGACCAGUUCUUCGAAGGAUCUAUUGAAGUGGUAUUGGUAGAGGUGCCCACGCUCUAUGCCCUAGAGGUGCGGGUCAUGCGCGACAAGCAUCACCCACGUCACGGCUCUGCAGUUUUCGGGGAGGAGGCCUGUGCCCAGGGGGCCAAAACUCUCUUCUCCAAAGUGGCCUCGAAGAAGUGGCCUAAAAUCGAUGAUCUCUGUGCUCAACUUCAGGAGUUCACUCGCAUUCCUGUGAGCAUGCGUGUGCUUUGCACGGAACUGCCUCCGGGGGUAGAGGCGGCACCCAUCCCGGGAGCAGAAAACGGUAUGGGUGACCCGUUGUUUCCCUUAGAGAACUUGACGUUGAAGGUGUUCCACAGCACUGGCACGGAGCAUCGCUGCAGCACCGAUGAGGAGGGCCGGGCAAUGGAGGUAUUAUUCCCUGGAAAGUUCAGCUGCAUUUGUGACCCGGGAUGCCACUACGAUAGGCUGGACCCGGGCGAGAUCGAAGUGCCAUCCCUGUUUCGGCCUUUGCAGCUUGUCCUCUUGGCGAAGAUGAAGAAAGCUUGCAGCUUCGAGGUCGUAGAUCAUCUUGACAAGCCCUUCCGCAACUUUCCGCUGAAAAUCACGCGGCGCAAGCGCACUUUGGGAGCAGAGCCCGUUGAGCUCGUCACCAAGGGCCACGGCCGCGUGAAAGGCCGCCUGGGCGUGGGUCUGCACAUCGCCUCUUAUGGUGGCCCGGAGGAGUUUUCGCCGGUCGAGCCAUUGGCUCACGAUCUGGAAGUGUUGGACAUUGACGGCCAGCAAAGCUUCCGUAUCUGUGUCCAGCGUUGUCGAUUUCUUUGCGAGAUCGCCCUUCAUACUCGGUUUAACGAGCCGGCCAGGGGAUGCCCCUUCGUGGUGAGGUCUGGUCGAAAGCGAUUGCAGGCACAUAUCGCCAAGGGCAUCACCUCCAGCACAGGGAUGGCAAGAGUAGAGCUUCCUCCUGGAAAGCUGGUUUUCGCGCUGGAGCCGGAGGGCGAGUCCCCGUAUGUGCCGAUGCAGUUCGAGUUGCAGGUGGGUGAAACGGGGGACUUCGAGCCAAGAUCUCACAAAGUUGAGACGAAGUCGGUGAAUGUGAGCCUGAGCCUCAUGACGCCCUACGGAGAGCCAGCCCCUUUCUGCGACUUCGAGCUCCGUGCCUGCUUCAGAGAGAAUGGGACACUGGCCGACGAGGGGGGGAUGAGCUUCUGCAGUGACGAGCAAGGCCAGGUGUUGGUGGCGUUGGAGCUGCUUGAGCCUUUUGUCUUCUCAGUGAAGCCAUCCGGCAGUGGCUCAGAGUACAUCCCACAGGACAUCUCUUUCCUCACCGACCGCCAGUCUCUGACCAUCGUUGUUGUCAGGUCGCUGCUUGGCAAGAUCGCGGAGGACAGUGUUGUUUUUGUCGUGGAUACCUCUGGAUCCAUGCAGGCAUACUUGGAUGAUGUUACGAGUGCUGUAAACUUGGCCUUGAUACAACAGUUUCACAAGACCGGGCGGCGCUUCAAUAUCCUAACAUUCACCGACUACCAGGUGGAGUUUCAGGACGACCUCGUAGAUGCGACGCCCAAAAACGUGGAAGCUGCCAUGCAGUUCUGUCAGCACGCGCAGGCUGGAGGCAUCAGCAACCUCAGUGCUGCUCUGCGUUUGGCUUUCGCCUACAAGCGUGCCGAAGCCAUAUAUCUUAUUACAGAUGGGGAGUCGGAUGUAACGGAAGAUCUUUUGACGCAAGUGCAGGUUCAGUACUUGAGCCACCCGAUGCGGCCGAGACUGCACACAGUCGGCAUCAACUGUGCGCCGGGCGGCGCCAGAAACAGAGGCUUGCAAAAGCUGGCACAGCUGACUUCGGGAUGCUUUCGAGCACCUUGCCUAGAGCAGGACACUGGUGAAACACUUCUGCCAGGGGUGUCAAAACACGAUAAAGUCAAGGGCCUCGAUCUGAUGGACGCCCAGUUCGCCACUACGAACCAGGACACAGGUGAUCUUCUGCCACGGGGCGGGCGGCCCAAAGAUGCCAAUGCUGGGGAUGCCUCUUCGGCAACGACCGGUGAGGACUCAAAUGCUCAUGCCGAUGAGGGAAGCGAGACGGAGGAGCUUCGGCCAAAGGUUGAGACCAUGUUUCGCAUAGUUGGCUUCAGGGUGCCUCCACAGUAA